AUGAGGUCAUUAGAGAAUAAGGCGAUCCAGGUGAUCGCACGGGACAUGAAGGCUCUGGUCCGGAAGAUACAAGAUCUCCGCCAUAUUGGCAUAGAGGAUAACCGAAUUGCUCUACCCAAGAUCUGUGUGAUAGGAGACCAAAGUACGGGCAAGAGUUCACUCAUAGAAGGAAUGUCUGAGAUAAAGGUUCCCAGAAGCGCUGGUACUUGUACUAGGUGUCCAAUGGAAAUAAAUCUCUCUGAGAGCGAGCCCGGCCAGCCUUGGGCAUGUCAGAUCUAUCUAUCACGAAGGUAUAUGUACGAUGGAUCGCGAAAGUUUAGAACUCCCAGAAAAGCUCAGCCACUUGGUCCAUGGAUCGAACAAGAUCAGGAGGAUGAACACUUCAUCACCCUGUCCGACAAGGACCAAGUUCAGGAAGCCAUUAAGUGGGCCCAACUUGCGAUUCUGAAUCCAGGACAGUCUUCCAGAGAAUAUAUUCCAGGAGAGAAUGCAGGAACCAAUACGCAUUACCAAGUCAAGUUCUCGCCUAACAUUGUGCGUCUUGACAUCUCAGCACCCGACUUUCCCAAUUUAUCUUUCUAUGAUCUCCCUGGCGUCAUUAGCCAGGCCGAGUUGGACGAAGAGAGAUACCUUAUCUCGCUCAUUGAGAACCUAGUCAAGGAGUACAUCUCACAGCAAAACUGUAUCGUUUUAUUGACUUUGCCCAUGACGGAUGACGCCACAAACUCCAGCGCAGCACGCAUCAUGCGAAACGUGCGCGGUGCUCACCAACGCACCUUAGGUGUACUGACAAAGCCGGAUAGAAUACAGGCAGGCGAAUCAUAUUCACAAUGGGUAGAUAUCUUAGAGGGCUACAAAUUCAAACUUGGACAUGGCUACUACAUUGUUCGCAAUAACCCGGACCCAUCGAUCGAACAUUCCCAAGCCCGAGAAGAGGAGGACGACUUCUUUGCUUCACAUCCCUGGACAGCUGAAGAGCUAUCACCCUACCAAGAUAGGUUUGGAACGCGCCGCCUUCAAACAUCGCUUUCAAGUCUUCUUCUAGAGCAGAUACAGGGUUGCCUUCCAGGGAUAAUUGAACAAAUUGACACUAAGGCCACUCGUAUCAAUGAAGAGCUUAAAGAGAUCCCUGAUCCACCUUCUGCAAAUGUUCUAUACAUCUUAUGCAGGCUUCUUUAUGAUCUGGGAGACAGAAUUCGCGCUAAUUUUGAAGGGGGUUCUUCGGAAUACCCUCUGCUGAAGAUCUGGGGGCAUAUAGCGCAGGACUUUAGAGCGAUAUUGAUCCGAACACGCCCAACAGUGUCGCUUUUGUCACAGUCGGAUCGAACAUCUUUUCCAAUACAACCCGACGGAGAUUCGGACUGUGAAAUGACAUCAGCACCACGAUCAGUGAAGCGCAAGUCGCCCAGUGCCCCUCCAGAUCCGCAGGUGCCGAAACCGGGACCUUCUGGAUACUUUACCAAUCACUUCAAUCAGUUCGUCCAACCUGCUCGAAUUUUUACCUGGGAAAACAUCCGUGAAAUUAAUGAGGACUCAUGCCGUGCUGGAAUUCCCGACCAAGCAGAUCCAAAGGCCCUCGAGAUGCUCCGGCAGCUGAGUGUCCAGCAUUGGGAUGGGCCAAUGCUAGUUUUUCUCAAGGCGACGCAUAAUCUAGUCAAAGAAAUGCUGCUGAAGCAGCUCAGGGAAGUAUUUUCUCAGUACUAUCAGACGACUCUGUUCAGGGAAUUGAAAAAGAUUAUCGAGAAAUACCUUGGAGAACUCCAGGAGAAGCAUACAAAAUACGCUGUUGAUAAUUACAAUAUCGAAUAUCACAAACCGUUUACUAUGGCUACAGCACAGCUUGAACAUGCCACCAGGGAUGCGCAUCACUUUCUAAGUACUCGGCGCCACCUGGCUAGAGCCGAUUUAUACCUCGAACUUCAGGGAAAGUGUCCAGAAAAUGACACGAGAAAGGCAGCGGAGCUCAAAAAGCUGACAACAGCUGAACUUGGACCGGACAAGUUUUUCCAAGAAGUAAAGAUGAUGGCGGUAAGCUUGUUGUCACUCUUAACACUCUGCACAGACAUUGACUUCAUAGUCCACUCGGGGUUACUAUGA